CCCUAGUGGUCAGGAGACCUAGGUGUGUCCGAUCGAAGAAGUUGGAAUACCUCAAUUUACUAUCGCUCUGGAGGACUUUUGAAGUACCUGUUUAGAAAUGGACCAACAUUUAAAGAAGAAGAGUGUGAUUUUUAUGAUGCUUACUUUGAAUGUUUUAAUCGUCUGGUAUUAUGUCUUCUACAAAUCAAGUCUUGGAACAACAUUUUACUAUACAAUCAAUGGGAGUAGCUCCCUCAUGAAUCUAGCUGACAAAAAAAAAUCACUUUCUAUUAAUAUGCAAUCAGAUGCUGUCAUGUGGACUACAAAUCCAUCUGCACGCCUGGGAAACAAAAUAGGGGAGUAUGCAGCACUUUAUGCUCUGGCAAAGCUUAAUGGACACCAAGCGUACAUUUUACCAGGGAUGCACAAUGAGCUAGGAAGGAUAUUUAAGAUAAAAUUGCCCGUUCUUCAUCAGGACAUUGCUGACCGAAUUAAAUGGAGAAAAUAUAGACUGAAAGAUUGGAUGUUACCAGAAUAUUCCAACAUCUCUGGACAAUAUGUUAAAUUGUUUGGUAGUCCGUGUUCAUGGACAUUCUAUCAUCACAUAAGGGAGGAGAUUCUACAAGAAUUCACUUUUCAAGACUAUAUUAAGGAAGAAGCAAAUUCAUACCUUGCAAACCUGAAAGGUAAUAGAACAAAUGUGACCUUUAUCGGAGUUCAUGUUCGCAGGGGGGACUAUAUAUGGGUCAUGGCUCAUGAACGGAAAGGUGUGGUAGGUGACAAAAACUAUGUUCAAAAAGCUAUGGACUAUUUCAGAAAUAAGUAUGAUAACCCCCUCUUUGUGGUGACCAGUGAUGGGAUGGAUUGGUGUAAAGAGAAUAUUAAUACCUCUCUAGGAGAUGUAAAUUUUGCUGGAGAUGGUAAGAUAGGUUCUCCUACCCGUGAUUUUGCCCUCCUGGUACAUUGUAACCACACCAUAAUGACCAUAGGGACAUUUGGCUAUUGGGCUGCAUACUUGGUUGGUGGGGAAACCAUCUAUCUUACAAACUUCACUUUGCCAGAUUCUCCUUAUCUUAACAUUUUCAAAUAUGAAGUCUCAUUCCUUCCAGAAUGGAUUGGAAUUCCUGCAGACCUGUCUCCACUUUUGAAAAAAUGA